AUGUGGCACUAUAGAUGCUACGACACUAUGGAAGAGAGACGAGAACCAUGUGGCACUAUAGAUGCCACGACACUAAGGAAGGAAGGGAGACGAGAACCAUGUGGCACUAUAGAUGCCACAACACUAAGGAAGGAAGAGAGACGAGAACCAUGUGGCACUAUAGAUGCUACGACACUAAGGAAGAAGAGACGAGAACCAUGUGGCACUAUAGAUGCCACCACACUAAGGAAGGAAGGGAGACGAGAACCAUGUGGCACUAUAGAUGCCACAACACUAAGGAAGGAAGAGAGACGAGAACCAUGUGGCACUAUAGAUGCUACGACACUAAGGAAGGAAGGAGACGAGAACCAUGUGGCACUAUAG